UCUUUGGUCGUUACUCUUUUUUUUUAAGUAUAUAUUUCAACAAAAGUUUUGAACUUUUGUACCGCGUAACUUAACAUAAACCUACCCAUAUAUAAAUACUCUCCAAAGUCCCAAACUCCCAACAACACACAACAUUCAUUCAAAACAUAUCUCAUCUCAUAAUCACCCAAUAUUAAACGUACCUAUACACAACUUUAAUAUACAUAAGCAUAUAUACACAAAUUUGUUUGCUUAAUUUCUCUCUAUAUCCCUCAAAUUUGAUCAUAUAAUAUCGUAUUUAAUUUGUACCUACAAUAUGAUUUCUUCAUGGAGAAGGAAGAGAGCUAGCCGAGGGGCGGGCGGAGAUGGUGGGAACAAGCGGAAAUUAUCGGAGCUAAUAGUUCCGAACCAUUUCCGGUGUCCGAUAUCAUUAGAAUUGAUGAAAGAUCCGGUGACUUUAUCAACAGGUAUUACAUAUGAUCGUGAAACCAUAGAAAAAUGGAUUGAGGCAGGUAACGUAACAUGUCCCAUGACUAACCAAGUCUUAAAGUCACUUGAGCCUAUUCCAAACCACACCAUCCGCCGUAUGAUCCAAGAUUGGUGCGUUGAUAACCGAUCCCACGGCGUAGAACGCAUCCCUACGCCUCGGAUUCCAAUCAACUCCGACGAGGUCGGGACUCUACUAGAGAGGCUCUCGAUGGUGCGGUCCCCAAACGAGUGUCGGGACCUAGUAGCAAAGGUAAGUGAAGCAAUGAAGGAGAGUGAAAGGAAUAGGAGGUGCAUUAUAGGGAACGGAGCAGGUAAUACAUUGUCCUUAGUGUUCCAAUCUUUCUCGGACAGCGAGGGUGAAACCGUCAUUUCACUAUUAGAGGACAUUAUGAGUCUUCUUACUUCUGUGACCCCUUUAGAACAACAAGCCCAAGAAAAUCUUAAGUCACCCAAGUCCUUAGAACGUUUGGUGUGGUUUCUCAUAAAAGGAGGUUUAUCCGGGAGAAGAAAUGCUGUUAUGAUCCUUAAAGAACUCGUUUCGAGCUCGAAAGAUCAAGGAAAACUCAUUGAUUCAUUGUUAACAAUAAAAGGAGCUAUGGAAGGGUUAGUUAAGCUAAUCAAAGAGCCAAUUUGCCCAGCUUCAACAAAAGCCUCAUUAAUAGUAAUAUAUCAUAUGAUCACAUCAACUCAUAAUUCCUUGAGUAAGAGCAUCGUCAUAGGAAAGUUUAUAGACAUGAGUUUAGUCUCAUUAGUCUUAGACAUCCUAGUAGAUGCUGAGAAGAGCAUUUGUGAGAAGGCACUCGGAGUCCUCGACGGGCUUUGUCAAAGCGACAAAGGCCGAGAUGCAGCCUACAACCAAGCGCUUGCGGUGCCAGUGGUGGUUAAGAAGAUACUUAGAGUGUCGGACUUAGCGACCGAGUUCUCGGUCUCCAUAUUAUGGAGGCUGUGUCAGAAUGAGGACCGAGAAGAUGGUGGUGUGUUAGUUGAAGCGCUUCAAGUUGGAGCGUUUCAGAAGUUGUUGCUUGUUUUACAGGUGGGUUGGAAUAUUAAUGACAGGAUUAAGGAGAAGGUUACCAAGAUAUUGAAGCUAUUGAAUCUUUACAGAGGUAAGGUUGAGUGCAUAGAAUCCAUGGAUUUUAAGGAUCUAAAGAGGCCAUUUUAGAUUAUACUUUAGCACAUUUUUUGCAGCUGAUAGAGGGAAAUUUAGUCUCUAAUUUUGCUGUAUAGCACAUUAAAAUUAGUGAUUUUAGAUGCAUCUUGUAAGAGCCAAUGUACAAAUUACAAUAGUGAGAUACUAUACUAAAUAUACAUAUACACCAUUCUUUGUCAAUAAAUGAACUUUUUUACUCUUUGAUUACAUUACAAUUAAGGUUUUUUGGAAAGGACUAAUUAAAAUAGAGUUUUUGUUUACUUAGAAUUUUUAUUAGAGGGAAUGAUCAAUUAAAAUACUUACGCUGGCAACUUAACACCACAUUACGAUUUUCCAGCCAAAUUGUCAACUUUCCAACGUUGACUUAUUUUUCCGUCUCAAACAUCGAUUUU